UUCCGCGGCCGUGCCGGGUUACGCACGCGCGCUCCUCAGCAGGAUGGCAGACAAGGAAAUCUCUUAUGCAGAUCUCAAGGCCCUCCUGGGAAAGAGCCAGAGCCUUCUGGUGGUUGAUGUCCGCUCUAAAGAGGAAGUGGAUAGGGGACACAUAACAGGAUCCAUCCACAUCCCUGUUGAUACAGUGGAGAGUGCUCUUGCAUUGGACCCUGAAGAGUUCAAGACUAAAUAUGGGGUGACCAAACCACCGCUGGAUGCCCCAGAGCUGGUCUUUCACUGUCAGAUGGGCAGGCGAGGAGGAGUGGCCACUGACAAGGCCCACGACCUGGGAUUUCUGAAAGCACGUAACUAUGCUGGCGGGUUCAAGGAGUGGUCUGAGAAAGAGGGAAGAUGAUCUUGCUUGGGGAUGCUGCUGCGAUGUGUUUUUAGCUGGUGUUUUUCCUCUUCUCACGUAUUGUUCUUUUGAUACCUUCUGAUUGUAUAAAAAGAGGUGUAGUACAUCCACUGUGCUUAAAAUGUUAAUACAUUUUCCUUGAUCACUUUCAUUAUUA